UUGUAAUAUUGAAUAAUCUAUUUUUUUAAACUUUAGAUAAUAAAUUAACAUUGAUCGAUUAACAAAUAGUUAGCAAACUACAUAUUUUAAAAAUAAGAAAGAAAGAAAGAUUAUGGAACAAAUAAGUCUACAAAUACAAAAUAGCUUAGAGGAAGCAAUCAGCAUUUUAAAAAUAAUUUCAAACUCAUAGGAAAAGGGAUUAAUAUUAACUGAUAUUUUAAUCAACGACAUUUACUUCAUAAGAAAUUUGAUUCUUUCUGGAAAAGAAGAACAACUAAAUAAUUAUUUUUAAGAUUUAAACAUAAUUGUAGACAAAGCUAAAUUAAUCAAGAACAAUCUUACAUUUAGCUGUGUUAGUAAGUAUGGAAAUUUUAUAUAAAUUUUUCAAUAAGAACCCAUAAAAGUGAUAUUCUAAAAAAUCAACAGCAUCCUUCAAAAUAUCAAAAAAUAAUUUCCAAAGUAAAUAGAUUCUAAUGAUGUUUAUAGCUUAGACUCUAAAAAAAUAGAAUAAAUUUUUAAAUUGCAUAGUAAAUUAUAAACAUUUAGACAAUAUUAAAACAUGAAUUAAUUCUAAUCUUAUCACUAACUCACUGUUCUCUUUAAAAUGUGUAAUGACUAAUAAGGAGAGAGAGAAAGUCUAUUAAAAUCUAUUGCCUCAUUCAUAUUACCCACUAGUGAAGGAUAAUAGGUAGAUUACAAUAGCAUUUUUAAAAUAUUAGGAAUUGAAAAUAAUAAUCAGCCAAUAAGUGAAAAGUCUCUUUAGUUGUUAAAUAUUUUUUUUUAAGAUUGCUGGCUAAACAGGAAAUAUCUAUUAAGAUUAUUUUAACAAGGUUGUCUGACGAGUUAAAAUAAAUAAAUUGCUAUUGAGUAAUAUAUUCCAUUAAAAGACUUAAAACUUAAAAUAUGCAAUGGAGACUUUGAAGGAGUGAUUCAAAGUUCUCAGUCCUUGCUUUUAGAAAAAAAUAAAUUAUAAAUCAUAGGAGAAAGAAAAGUAAGUGAAAUGAAUUACUAACAUAGUGUUAAUUAAAUAUGUAAGUAUAAAUUAUUUACUUUAGAACCUUACUGCAUUGACUGUAUUUUGUUAACUCCUAUAUCUAGAUCACUUAAUUGUCUUUUAGUAGAAGGUUAAGAAAUAAAUUUAAACUAUGGAGAGUAAAUAAAAGAAUAUAGCAUUUGUCACGAUAGCAUGAAAUUAAAACUAAUUAUCAAUAUGGAGAAAGAAACUAUGUAAAAAAACUUAUAUGCUCUAAUAGAUGAAAAUUAAAUGAAAUAAAAAGAUGCUUAGGAUAACAUGUAAAAUUUAGAAACCGAAACUAAUACAAAUAACACAUCAAAUUAGUAAAUAGAUUAUUUCGAAGAAACAGAAGAUUAUGAUAAUAAAAUGUUAAAUUUACACAAUUAAUAUAAUUUAUAAGAUAGAGAAGCAGUAUCUUUUUUUUCAAAAUUUGCUCACACAUCAAAAAUAGUUAUCAAACUAUAAAAAGGUCUUAAAACUGAAAAUGCUUUUAAAGAAGAGCUAACAAAAGAAUUCUUCAUAGAUAAUGACAAUUCAUUUUUAUAUUAGCUAACAAAUAAUGCUCAUUUUUAAUUUAUUUACAACAAAUUAACUUAGCAGUUAAAAAUUAAACAAAUCUUUCAGUAAACUAUUUCUAAUUUUGCUUAGAGAUCUUUUUUAGAAAUACCUAGAAAUUAACCUUUGUAAAUUUAAAAGGAUACAGUGUUAUUUUCACAAUGUUAACUUAAGUACACAUUUGAUUUUAAAUGAUAGCUAAAAAACAUUUUAUAAGCUGUUUCAUAUUUUUGAUAAAUUAAGUAUUUUAUAAAUAAAUAACAGAGCGACUAAAGACUGAUAAAAUGGAUUGGAUUGAAAAGUAAAGGAACCAUAUCCAUCCAUCAAUCCAAAAGUAUUUAAAUACUCAACAUCUCCUAAAAAUUUUAAGUUGCUGAUCUGGAUUUUAAUCCAGCCAGCUGUUUAUGUUUAUUUACUUCAAAAUAAUUAUUUUUUAUUUUUAAUCAUUAGAUUAAUCCAA